UAUGAAAAUUUACAGACAAAACAAUAAAGAAAAGUUGAAAGAAGAUAACCGAAAAUACCGAGAAGCUAAUAAGGAAAAGAGGCGGGAAUCUGGUCGAAAAUACCGAGAAGAUAAUAAGGAAAGGUUGAAAGAAUCUAACCGAAAAUACCGAGAAAAUAAUAAGGAAAAGUUGACUGAAUCUAACCGAAAAUAUAAACAAAAUAAUAAAGAAAAGAGACGUGAAGCUGAUCGAAAUUAUUCCCAAAAUAAUAAAGAAAAGAGGAAAGAAUAUUUCCAAAAUUAUCGAGAAAAAAUGAAAAAUAAAAAGGAAAACUUAAAAAAUGUUGAUCCGAAAGUAGGAAAUAUUCAUUCUGAUAAUAAUGAAGGAACUUCUUUUGUUAAUACACAGAAUAGUGAUGUUAGAAAUAAGGGUAAAUUGCCAAUCAUUUACGAAGAGAGAAUUCAAUUUGAAAUAGACCCAUCUAAUCAAGAGGAGGAAGAAAGUAAAAAAGGCGAAACAGAAGCUCAUAGUGGUGAGCAAAAUCAAACGGUGGUAGAAGAGCCAAAUAAAAUUUCAGGGAAUUGCACGAAUCACAUAAAUUUAAAUGAGUAUCCUUUUGAUUUAAACGAGAAACCUGAAGAUAACGAUGAAAAUGUUUGCUAG